ACAACAACAUCAGCCUCAACAUCAACAUCAACAUCAGCCUCAACAUCAACAUCAACAUCAACACCAGCAUCGAUUCCGCCAUCACCGGCUCCCCAACGAUGCAGCUUCUGUUCAGCUCCGAUCUGCAUGGCAAUCUGAAGCACUAUGCACAGCUCAUAGAGGAAGCCAACAACCACGGCAGCGAUGCCCUCCUGCUUGGCGGAGACAUUUGUCCCCGGCGCAAAGGCCUCGUCGUCCAGAAGAUGCGGGAGACCACCGGGCGUUCUAAGGCACAUGAGCCGCCGGAAGAAUCCAAAGAGUUCAGCGACAUGAUGAAGAAUGACUCGGUCCGGCUGCAGCAGGAAUGGUUCGAGGCGUCGCUGGUGCCACUGCUCCAGACAUGCCGGUGCCCAGUGUACAUGAUCAUGGGCAACUCGGACUUUCGGGCCAACCUCGGAUCGUUCAAACGCACGUUGGAAGCGCUGCCGCCGAUCCAGCGCCACGGCAGGGAACAUCAGCACAUCACAAUGAUGGAUGGUCUGGAGGUGACCCCCCUCCGGCUGGGACCUGACCCCGAGGUCGUCUACCAUCUCAUGGGUGUCUCGUUCAUCCCGCCGACUCCCCACAGCAUGAAGGACUGGGAGUUGAUGGACACCCCCGAAGACUGCCUCUACUACCAACACGUACUGGCCCCCAGGCCCCCAGGCUACAAUCCUCCGCCGCCACGAAUCUAUCGCAACAGCCGGAUUGCGGUGGACGGGUGUCGCUCAGACUCGACUGACAACUGCGGCUCUUCGGUGCUCUCAAUCUGCAGCCUCAGCCUCGACGCCAAAGACUCGCUCGAGGGGCUGCUCCACCAGACGCUGUCCCGCGAGCCGCCGCUGGGCAUCUCCAACAUCGACCCGGCCAGGCUCAUCGUGAUGGCGCACACACCUCCCUUCGCCACCGGCCUCGACCUGAUGGCCUCGCAUGCGCACGUCGGCAGCCUGGGGCUCCUCCGCUUUCUCCGAACCGUCCAGCCGCUCGUCAGCCUGCACGGGCACAUCCACGAAACCGUUCGGAUGUCCAAAACCCACAUCGAUCGGCUGCAGGGCGAGUAUCCUGUCGAGAAGGGUGUUGUUGGUGUGGAUGCCAGCCGCCGGUUCGUGGACUCGCCCGAUCGCACUCGGUGGGAAGCGCCAGAGCCCGAAUCGUCACAGCCGAACCCGGCAAAUCGCUCUGGCACCAUCGCCGUGGCCAGCGGAAACGAUUUCAAGAAGGAGCGUGCGUGGUGCAUCCUGGUAGAUGUUGGACCGGACGGCGCAGCCAAGGUCAAGCGGUACCAGUCCGCCUCGCCAACGGUGCUCUGCGACAUUGGCAACCUGCGGAUCAGCGACCAUCGAUGAGAGCUGCUGUAACUGUUGCAUGAGUAUGUGUAUGUGUAUAUGUAUGCGAAUGUGCAUGUUUCAAGCGGGUAUUGUCUCCCCUGACGAAUCAAUAUCAUUUGCCUCAAUGCCACUGUGCUGCCAAAGAGGGUCGGAGGAGAUUGAUGCAAUUAUUCCCCUCCCUUCUUCCUGGGACUUGGCCAGUAUCUGGCGCGCUGCGAGCCGGGCACCAGGGCCAAACGAUCGACAGACGAGAGCUGCCCCCAAAAUAAUGGCUAACCGAUGGUAUCGAUGUUAGAUUUCCCGCUCCAGGCAUUGUUGCAUUUGCUCACCCCAGCUUGUCUUGGACAAUGAUCU